UUUAUGAUUUUAUCAGAAGAUAACCUUUUAUUUUUUAAGAGUAUAAAGAGAAAAAAAAAGAGUGAUACUGUGAGUUCAGAGAAAAAAGAAGUAGGUUCAGGAGAAAGUCGGACAAAUGAGACUAGCUCCAUUAAUAAAGGGCAAGAAAAAAAAGAAAAUUUAAUAAAACAACCUAGUGCUAUUAAGGAUACUCAAAAAGAUGUGGAAAAGGUAACAAAAGAUGAAACUGUUAGUAAUACUGACAUAAGUGACAAAACAGAAGUAAUAAACAAAGGUGAUAAUACAGAGGAACAAAAUAAUCAUAGUGAAAACAAAAGUAAUCAACCUAACGAAAGUUGUAAAAAAAAGAAUACAGACUCAAAUGAAAGUAAAACAUAUACAGAAGGAAAAGACGAAAUAAAGGAUGAAGUUGAAACAACGAAGAAUGUAGAACUUAAAGAGGAAAUAAAGGCUGAAGUAGAAACUGCAAAAAAUGUAGAAACAAAAGAAAAAAAAGAAGAUUCAUCAGAUGUAGUUAGUAAAACAAAAGAAGAUACAAAUAAGAGUCGUAUGGAGCAACAAGGAAAUAGAGUCGAAUAUGCAAGUAUAAAGAGAAAAAAAAAGAGUGAUACUGUGAGUUCAGAGAAAAAAGAAGUAGGUUCAGGAGAAAGUCGGACAAAUGAGACUAGCUCCAUUAAUAAAGGGCAAGAAAAAAAAGAAAAUUUAAUAAAACAACCUAGUGCUAUUAAGGAUACUCAAAAAGAUGUGGAAAAG